UAAGAGGAUUCUCUAUAUCUUCCUCAGUCAGUGUUGGUUAACGGUAAUAACUAAUAAGUAAUAACUAAUAACUAAUAUUCGGUUAUUACUUAUUACUUAUUUGAAAAUCCCGAAGUGUAAAUAAUAUUAAACAAUUUCUUGCUGUUAGUUAAUCGGGAAAAAUCAAAUUGAUUUAAACUUCUAAUAAUUUUAAAGAUAAAAAUGUCAAAAAAAUUACCGUCUCCUAUUUUCACGUUGAAAUGUGAAAAAUAUACUCCAUACUGCUUGAAAUUCUAUUUAGAUGGCGAAAUUCUCUACGUUGGCACUCUAAGCGGAGAAAUUCUUGUCUGGAACCUAGAGUCAAACCGUUUAAAAAAUGAAAUUAAAGUCGGCACAGUGUGUAUAAUGAACCUUGAACUGUUGACCAAACAAAAUCAUUUGGUGUCACAAGACAAAGUGGGCGAAAUAAAAUGUUGGCAAAUAGAUGGUAUCGAACUCAAACUCUAUCAUACUUUUUCAACCCAAAUAAUUGGUUUUUGUAAAUUUGCCUUAUACAAAACAAACAUGUUAUUGUGCAAAGGAGAAAAGUCUACAAUGAAUUGUUAUUCUACUGAUAGUUAUAGUAAAAUUACUGAUUUUAAUCCACACCAAGACAACAGUUUGGGCGAUUUGAUGACUGUAAAAUGUAUUGGUGAUUAUAUAUUUUGUGGUUAUGAAGCCAAUAUAGUUGUUGUGUGGCAAGAAGAUCAUAUUAUUAAUCAGUGCAGCUUUCCUGAACUAGAAUGUUUAAUGGCUCUGGAUGUGGAUCAUAAUAUGACCAAAGGUAUUUGUGCAGGUAGUUCAAAUGUGAUAAAUACAUUUUGUAUUACAGAUGGUAAUUUAAGCAUAAAUAAAAACAUAAAGAUUACAAAUCCUGGUGUUAAUGUUUUACAGCUAAGACCUGAUGAUAAAAUAGUCGCUGCUGCCUGCUGGGAUCUAACUGUAAGACUAUUUUCUUGGAAAACCAUGAAACUAUUAGCAGUUUUAGAUUCUCAUUCAUCUGGAGUCUUAAAUAUUGCAUAUUCCGAAUUGUCAGUGACAUUUUGGAAAGCCAAAUACUUGUUGGCUAUUGCUAAUAAAGAUAACAAAAUCACUCUUUGGGAUGUCUACAACGGAAAAGACAAAGAUUAAUUCAUGUUAUAUUGUUAUUUUUAUAUCAAAGUGAAAAUUUUAAAGUUACAAAUUUUCAAAACAAACUAUAUACUCGAAAGUCAAUAGAAUGUUUUAGAAAAUUGAAAAUGAAGCAAUUUUAUUACUAUGUAUAACACCUAGUGGAGUGCAUUUUAAAAUUAUGAGCUGGUGAAGAUCAUUUUUAAGUAGUUUUUUUUUUUUAACUAUGAAAUCUUAAGGUUGAUUUGAGACUUACAUUUUAUUAUUAACUGGAAAAUAUCAAAAGAAAUUAUUUUUUUUAAUGUAUAAACAUUAAUAUUCUGUGGAAAAAUAACUGGAUUUAUUAUUGCAAAGCAGAUUUUUUAAUUCUUAUAUUUUGUACAAUAUACAUGUAUA